ACAGCUUCGAAAAAGACGGACGAUUAUUAUUCAUAGGCACUCUGAUUAGGUCUGAUCGAAGACUGUUGCAUCCCGAAACGUGAUACCAUGCUGCUCCUGCCCGAUCAAUAAUUUUCCUCCCAUCAUCCACCCGCUCUCCCUCGUCAUCGUCCUCUCGUCCUCAUCGUCCUCCUACUCCUCGUCCUCCUCCUCCUCCCACACCACCAUCGCCCUCCUCACACACCCUCUCCGAGUUCUCACGGCAUUCGCUAAAAGUGCAAAGUGGUGCACACGACUUCAGCUGCUGCAAGCACUCGUGAAAAAGUCCACAACCUCAGACAUCUACUGCCACAAUGUCCGCGAAGCCCAUCACGGAAGCAGAUGGCAAGGCCAUUCUCAACUACCACCUGACGCGCGCGCCUGUGAUCAAGCCGACUCCUCUUCCUCCGUCAUCAACACACAAUCCUCCCGCAAAGCUUGCAACGAUAACAUUUGCCGACGGUGACGACGUGAACGGUGUUCUGGACGCCGCCGAGGCCAAAUACCCUUUCCUUCUCCAACCAGAUGCCAAAUUUGUUGCCAAACCUGAUCAAUUGAUCAAGCGACGAGGAAAGUCGGGCCUGCUCAAGCUCAACGCCUCAUGGGCAGACGCAAAGGAGUGGAUUGCAGCACGCGCGAACAAGAUCCAGAAGGUCGAACACAUCGAGGGCGCUUUAAGAAAUUUCCUGGUGGAGCCGUUUGUGCCUCACCCUCAGGAAACGGAGUAUUACAUCAACAUCAACUCCGUUCGCGAGGGUGACUGGAUUCUCUUUUACCACGAGGGUGGUGUGGAUGUUGGUGAUGUCGACGAGAAAGCCUCGAAGCUGUUGAUCCCAGUCGACCUGAAGGAGUACCCGAGCAACGAAGAGAUUGCCAAGUCUCUGUUGUCACAAGUGCCCAAGGGCGUCCACCCCGUGCUCAUCGACUUCAUCUCACGAUUAUACGCCGUAUACGUCGACUGCCAAUUCACCUACCUGGAGAUCAACCCGCUCGUCGUCAUUCCAAAUGCCGAAGGCACCUCCGCCGACGUCCACUUCCUCGAUCUCGCCGCAAAGAUUGACCAGACUGCCGAAUUCGAAUGUGGUGUCAAAUGGGCCGUUGCACGCGCACCAGCUGCGCUCGGUAUCCCAAUUGUACCUACUGCAGGAAGCAAAGUCUCAAUCGAUGCAGGUCCACCCCUCGAAUUCCCAGCACCAUUCGGUCGUGAGAUGAGCAAAGAGGAGGCAUACAUUGCAGAGAUGGACGCAAAGACGGGCGCAUCACUCAAGCUCACAAUACUCAAUGCAACAGGACGUGUGUGGACAUUGGUUGCUGGUGGUGGUGCGUCUGUCGUAUACGCCGAUGCUAUUGCGUCUGCUGGAUUUGCGGGAGAGCUCGCCAACUACGGAGAGUACUCUGGUGCUCCAACCGAGACACAGACUUUCCACUACGCACGCACUGUCCUCGACCUGAUGCUGCGGGCACCACAAACACCAGAGGGCAAGGUCCUCUUCAUUGGUGGCGGUAUCGCCAACUUCACCAACGUGGCCAGCACAUUCAAGGGUGUCAUCCGCGCAAUCCGCGAAGUCGCACCUCAACUAAACGAGCACAAUGUGCAGAUCUGGGUCCGUCGUGCAGGUCCCAACUACCAGGAAGGUCUCAAGAACAUCAAGGCCGUGUUCAAGGAGCUUGACCUCAACGGCCAUGUCUUUGGCCCCGAGAUGCAUGUUUCUGGUAUUGUGCCGCUCGCCCUCAUCCCGGGCAAGUACAACGACAGCAUCAAAGAGUUUGAGGGGUAAAAUGCUCGACCUUCGAAGGCAUUGCUGGGAAGCGGAGUUUGUGUGAUAUCAGAGGCGAUACUGUCGCUGUCGCUGCGGGAUCCUAGAAGAGCCCCCACGCAUGACUGAGACGUUCCAUGAGUAUGGAUGAUACGCGCUUUGUGCUGCGCUGAGAGCAGUCAGCAGAGGAGUAAAUAGAAUUUGUAGCGAAUACCAAAGUGCUUGUUUGCUUGAAG